AUGCGGGUGCCGCCUCUGUCGCUCGAGCUGGACAGGGCCGUGGCUGAGUUUCGGCUCUUCGCCCUGCGCGAGGCGGUCGAGUUUGGCGACCUCGCGUUCUCCCCGCGCGACAUAUUGUACCCGGCUGACCCCUGGGAAGCACACCCGGCCGAGGUGCGCGCGUUCCCGUGCGUGCGAUUGUCGGUGGCGGCGGCGCGCAGGACAUCGCGCGCCGCGGGUCUUCACGUAUUCACCGACGGCUCGUAUACGGCGCAUUCGUCGGGCGCCACUUUUGUCGUUCUCGGCCCGGGGGAUAGGAUUGGCGCCGUGGGGCAUUUUCGCGUGCACGCCGCCACGAGCGCUUACUGCGCGGAGGUGAUUGCCUUCGCGGAGGCCCUGGCGUACGUUCGCGGCCGCGAGGGGACGGGCGAGGUGUCCAUCUACACUGACUGCCUGUCUUUACUACAAGCGGUCGCGACGCCUGGUUCCACCGACCUCCGGAUAGUUCAAAUAAAGACCGCAUUCGGGGAGAUUGCCCGCUUGUCCGAGGUGCGAUUACAUCACGUACCCGGGCACUGCGGCGUCUUCGGGAACGAGCUCGCCGACUUCCUCGCGUCGCGGGGCGCCAGGAACGGUUUCGACCGGAAAGCGCCCCUGCCUUUCAAGUCGGUUCGCGCUGCGUUCCGGGCGGUUCAGCGAGCGCGGUGGGCGCGCACGUGGCGCGAGGAACAUUCUGACACAGCGCUUUUUCGAUGGGUGCCGCGCCUCGAGCAGACGCAGUCCUUUUACCACCCUCCGCGAGCACUGGUUGCUAUGCUCACGGAGCACGGCCGUUUUCCAUUUUAUGUCUAUCGAUUUGUUCUCGCUCGGGACUCUCUGUGCCCCUGUGGUGCAGAGUGCGAAUCGUUUGACCAUUAUUUACGCGACUGCAGGCUCACGAGACAAAUAUCCACCUCUUUGGAGCCGCAGGAAGCGCUGGCGAAGCGGGAUCUGCCCGCGCGUUUGCGCCUCAAUAAGAAUAGGGCGCUAUUCAUCCAAAUUAUACGGCUUGUGAGUGCCAGCCUGCCGGAAUACGUCCGCUGA